GAAGAAAUCGAAAUGGUGGAGCUGUGCGGAAGUGGACAACCGACAUCAGCGAUGGGAGUGAUGGGGAUCGGUUCGGUGGUGUCCGCGGCGACGUCGUCAUCGUCCUCGUCGACGACGACCACCGCGGCGUCGUCGACGGUGUCUGGCCGCGCCGGUGUCCUCGAAACGCAGGUUCGCGGUCAGUGGUAUCGCGUGUUCGUCUCAUUAGAGGACGAUUAUCUGAGUAUCUCGUUGGACGAGAGCUGCGAGACCGGUAACAACGCAUUGAACAACGGCAACAUUAACAACAACAACGUGGAUAGUCUGAAUGAUCCAGACGUGCCGGAUUCGGUGGCGAAUCAGAAACGCAUUGUGCGCGUUGUGAAAAGCGACAACAACGGCCUCGGUAUCUCGAUCAAAGGCGGCAAAGAGAAUAAAAUGCCGAUUUUGAUCUCGAAGAUUUUCAAGGGGAUGGCGGCCGAUGCCACUGAACAGCUAUACGUGGGCGACGCGAUACUGGCUGUGAACGGGGAGGAUCUACGCGAGGCUACACACGACGAGGCGGUGAAGGCGCUCAAGAGGGCUGGCAAGGUUGUCGAGCUCGAAGGUGAGUGA